AUGAGUGCAGACCGCGGGCAAGAUGGCGCUGCUGACCACGCUCCGGUCUCUGCUCGCCCACCUCAGCCUCCGCGCUUCAGUUCCUUCCGACCGCGCGAGUCCGCCUCCACAGCCGGCCCGUCCAGCAGCACCGACAAACCCCCUUCCGUCCUUUCUCCGCUUGUGAGCGGAGCAUCACACAAAGCUGGUCAGCAUCGGAACCCCAAACACUCCAGUCAAAGCCCGCGCAAAAGCGAGCGGGAGCGGGAGCGGCAUUCUGACCAGCCGAGUGCUGCCGGUCCGUCGUUCCGCGGGGAAUCCAGCCACACCCGCGAGCCGAAGCAUCGGGACGAAAAGCGCAGUCACCACAGCCACCGUGACGGUGACCGUGAUCGUGACCGUGACCGUGAUUCGGGUUCUUCCAAGGACAAACGUCGACGUCGGUCGCGCUCGCCUCGCCGCUCAUCAAGACAUUCCGAACACCGCAGCUCCGCCCGAGUCGAAUCAGACUCCUCGUCAAGAAAGCUUCGGCUCGAUCCAUCGCAUCCCGGCGAAUCCUCGACAUUUGACCGCGACCUGUUCUUCACCGAUACCAGGGGCGAUCCAGAUGCGCUGCUCUAUGGCCAGGAACGAUCCAAGGUCCCCCGAUCCCAUCGAGUCCCCCGCUCGGUCGACGCACUCGGCGUGGCUUCGCGCGACCCUCCCACCUCCGAGCGAGACGAGCCUCGGCCAAACUCACCGAACACGUCGUCCGCUUCAUUCCCGCCACCAAGCGCACCCGACUUUCCCUUGACCGCAGAGGCGUUUAUCGACAUCAAUGAUGACUCGUACGCACUUGGCAAUAGCUACCCGCCGCCGCUUCCCGGUGCUGGGAUCGACAUCAGCGAGCGAAAGAGAAGGGCACAGGCCGCCGUCGACGCCGUCCCAACGGAUAUUGAUGCUUGGCUCGAGCUGGUGCGAUGUCUCCCUCUCGUUUCCCUAGCUACACCCGAAGCACCAAGCUCGAGCGCUGCAUCAUCUCAGAUGCCUCAAAUUGCAGCCCAGGCCGCCGCCUCGAUCGAUAUCCAGCUCUCCGUCUUUGAUCGGGCCUUUGAGGCGGCAUCCAGCAACCAUCGUUCGGUCCGCCUUCACUUCGAACGGCUGCGCGUCGUGACGCAGGCCGACGCAUGGCAGCCGUCUGCAGUCCAAGCCGAAUUCGUCCGGGUCCUGAAUCGCUUCCGUCACACGGACCCAUCGCUCGACAUGACCACCGAAGCUAGUGUCGUUGAUAUUUGGCUGCUCUACCUAGCGUGGCUCAAGUCGUCGUGGUCCAUCUUCCAGUUCGACCAGCUCUUCGACACCUACAAGGACGCUUUGGACAGCCUGCGCGGACAUCUGCUGAGUGCCGCGGCAGCAGGGCCUGCGAGCGAUGCUGUCGAAGUCCUAGCGCAGGGCAUGCUGGCGAUUCUCGCUCGGCUUCUCAACAUUUUGCGCGAGAGCGGAUAUCACGAAUAUGCCAUUGCGCUUAUACAGGCAAAUCUCCAUUUUGGCUCGGACCUGGAUUCCGCAAUCACCGAGCACACGCAUCGCGUCUGGCGUCCCGCACUCGAGCCCAAUCAACGAAAGCAAGAAUACCAGCGACUGGUCGAGGUCGUCAGGAAGGCAUGGGACGGAGGAAGCAUCGCCAAGUCGACAGAGGUUUUUUCUGGGCCGAUCCCCGGGUCUGACCGGAGCACUCAAAUGACAACUGUCCAGGAUGCAGCGCGUGGCGACCAUUUUGCAACGCGAUGGCUCCAGGCCGAGACAACUCGCUGCAAUCAUCGAAGGGCACCGGCGCGCCUGGAAGACCUUCCGACAUGGGACAUCGAGGGAGACGAGAUCGAUCCGUACAGCACAGUCCUCUUUGACGAUCUUGCCGGAUUUCUGCUGCCGCUAUCCUCCGAAUGUCAUGCGCGCCAGAUGCUCCUGGACGUGUGCGUCGAAUUUACGAAACCUGCACGCAGUCUGAUGUCCGAGAUAACGUCUUGGUCCAGCCGUAACUGCUGGUCAAAUCUGCAGCUACUGCCCGACUUUCAGGGCUCGAUCGAUGCAUCAUUCUGGCCACGGACGCUGCGCAGGGCGGACGAGCACGAGUCUAGAUCCAUGCAGUCCGCGAACGAAUCUGCUCAGACGAGCGUCCGCAAGGUGCUGAGUCUGUUGUCUGCCAAAGGCAUCCACUUGCCGUCGAGUGACACCUCAAGCUCCGUCCUGGAUGAUCUUUUUGACAGUCAAGCACUGGAUCCGACCCUUUCGAUCCCGGACCAGCGCCGACUGUGGGUCUUGCGCAUCUACCUCGAGCUGCAUCCAAUCGCAACAGCGGUCGACGAGGUUGGGGUGCGCAAGCUCUUCGAGCGCGCUACAAGCACCGAGGUGGGAAUGCACUGUCCGCUCCUGUGGCGUCUGUGGGUCGACUUCGAAUCGCGCUGUCUCGACAGUGCGCUCUCAAUCGCGCAAGAAUCGGAGACGGCAGAGCCGAAGAAACGCGGAUCGUCGAAACGCAAAGCGGAGCAGAAGCAGGUCACACGAGCCAGAUCGACGUGCCUCGAUGCAAUCCGUGCGUGUCCGGCGUCGAAAGGCGUCUACCUUGCCGCUUUCGCCGCUCCCUUGUCACGCAUCCUGACUCAGCAAGAGCUUGUCUGGAUCUUUGACUCCAUGGUCGAAAAGCAAAUUAGAGUUCAGGUGGACCUUGUCGACUUCAUUCCGCAGGACCCCGCCACUGGACCGCAGGAAGACGAGGACGACUCCGACGAGUCGCGAAAUGACCCUUUUGAUCCAACUUUGCCGUACACGAAGCGCGAUCCGCGCCACGAGCAGGUCGGUGGUGGUCCGUCCGCGUCGAGCGACCGUUCAAGACCCGCACUCGAAGCUCUGCAAGCAGAUUCCGCACAUCCGUGCGCAAUCGAUCUGCUUCAGCAGCAAGCACAAGCCCGACCACGAUCUAUCGGCCUCGAACAUCUGCCGACCGAGCUCCUUCACCACAUCCUCGUGCUCUCGCGUUCGGACAAAUUCGCCGUGGCGAGUCGGACGCUACGCAGCAUCUGCCAAUAUGCGAGCGUGAGUGAUCGCGUCGACUACAUUAUGGCGCGGUGGGCGGACCGUUACGUGGCACACAAGAUCGCGCAUCCGUGUCGGGCCAAGCACAAAGCGUGCAGGCGACAGACGAGUCGAGUGAUCGCGCUCUGGCGAGAGCGGGAGCCUGCCUGGUCCGACUUUGCUGCCACGCUCACGGUGGAGCCGUGCGAGCUUGACGCACUGCGUACGGCCAAGCUGGACCUGGUCACUUUUGCGGCCGAGCUCGGCAUCUGUACCGUGCAGGUACUCGAGCGCUUGGUGAAAUGUGCAGCUGCAGCCAGGAUCCCGCGCGCGCUACUCGGUGCUUACCUGCGGAACGGUUCCGCAAAUGGCGUGCUGGUAGUGCACGAGGCGCUCGAAAGGCUGGAAGUGCCGCAACCGCAGCUGCCCAAGCGUCUCUUCCGUCACAUUGACGACUACGGCUAUGCCGAACCAAAACCCUCGGCCGUCAUCGAGCGUCCCAAGAAGAGGCGCAGGGGGCGUAAGGGAGACGUGAACGACUGUACAGAGGUUGGACAGGUUUCGACUCAGGAGCCGUUCCCUGCAUGGCUUACGCGGCUUCUUCAGAGUGUGGGACGAGAUGCUCCGCAUUCUACAAAUCCACACACGACGGAACAGGCCCAUGCGGAUUCAGCAGCAUCCAACGGACUGGCGGACGACAAGCGGGCGCACCCGAGCGACGAGCCGGACGCGAUCAAGGCGAGCGUCGGCGUAGUGCCGAAAGCUGCCGAGUUGGAGCUAAUCCUAACGCUGCUAUACCAGUACGGUGCGGACGCAAGCUCGCACAGCGGCUAUCCGCUCGCCAUGGCUGUGCACCGCGGAUCCUACUCGCUCGUCCAGCUGCUGUUGCUGUUCGGCGCCGACCCUGGAUGCAAGGACGGGCUGGCGGUGCAAAUCGCGAUCCGCAACGGCGACCUGGACCUGCUCCGCUUGCUCAUUGACGGUCCGUUCCUCGACCACGACCUGUCGAAUCUGUUGCCGCUGCAGCCACCGAGCGCUCCGCCUCAGCUAGGCUCGCCUGUCUAUCGUCUCGACCAAGCACGUCUCCGCCUGGCGAUCCAGUGCAAACACUGGCACGUGGUCGAUUUUAUCUGGCACGACCAAAACGUGUCUCCCGACAUUGCAUGUCUGCGGCUGCUCGACAAGCUCAAGCCCUAG